AUGAAUACUCUAACCAAGUCGCGAUGGACCGAUGAUGGAGAAAAAUCUCCCACACCGGUGAAAGCUACCAAAAGUAUUACUGGUUUAAAGAGACACAAGACAGAAAGGCAGUGUGAAGCCACCGAGAGCACAAGAGAGCCAGUAGAACCUUUCGAGCCCAAUUCAAACCCAACAGCUCGAGCAGCUAAGCGUCUAAAGCUACCUAGCAGUGAGACUGGGACUCCAGAAAAAGAAACAUCCACGUCAACGAAGCUAUUACGCUUCCCGGCACCAUCAUGGCAAAAGUGUAGAAGCAUUGAGGAAUAUGAGAAGCUAAACGACAUUGAAGAAGGUUCCUAUGGCUGGGUAUCACGGGCAAAGGAUACAACUACAGGUGAAGUGGUUGUGGUGAAAAGAUUAAAGAUGGAUACUUGGAAUAGUGGCAUACCUCUGACUGGAUUACGGGAGAUACAGAUCUUGAGAGAUUGUGAGCAUCAAAAUAUUCUCAAAUUAAGAGAAGUAGUGGUAGGAGAGGAUGAAAAUAAAAUCGAAAAUAUCUUUAUCGUCCUUGAUUUCAUAGAACACGACCUUCAUACUUUGUUACAAGACAUGUCUGAGCCGUUUCUAGUAUCUGAGAUUAAAACAAUUCUACUACAGCUUAUAUCAGGUGUAUCUUAUCUUCACACCCACUGGAUCUUACACCGAGAUCUCAAAACUUCAAAUCUUCUUCUCAACAAUCGUGGAGUCCUCAAAAUUGCCGAUUUUGGCAUGGCUCGCUACUUUGGUGACCCUCGUGCCACGCUGACACACUUAGUGGUCACCGUCUGGUAUAGGGCUCCUGAACUUAUUCUAGGCGUUAAAGAUUAUGGCACCAGUAUUGAUACAUGGAGUAUUGGAUGUAUUUUUGGUGAGCUUUUGGCAAAAGAACCAUUAAUACAGGGCAAAGAUGAGAUUGAUCAACUCUCUAAGAUCUUUGAGAUUUGUGGUACUCCUACGCAAGAGAUUUGGCCUGGAUUUAAAUUUCUCCCUAAUGCACGUCUUCUUCGCUUGCCGCAAACACCUAUUGCACAAGGAUCAGUCUUGAGGGCCAAGUUUCCUUUCUUAACAGCAAUAGGAAGCUCUCUACUCAUCGAAUUAUUAAGCCUAAAUCCUGCAAAAAGACCAAGGACAGAAGAUAUAUCUAAUCAUGCUUUCUUCCGAGAGGACCCAAAGCCCAAGAGUAGCAAGAUGUUUCCAACUUUCCCCAGCAAGGCGGGUCAGGAAAAGAGACAUAAAAUGAACACGCCUAAUGCACCCCUUAGGGAAAGUGUUUCCAAAAGCAUGGCUGCAAGUUCCAGUGAUAUUUUCGCAAGAAGAGAAGAUGAAGAAAGAGGUAGUGGGUUUUCCCUGAGAUUAAUAUGA